GUGGCCCUUUGCACGAGAAACCUCUUUAGAAACAUGGCUGUGCAAAACUGGACUGAUAUCCUGAAAUCAUCAAAGAAAACAGCUUUAAUAAGCGAUGGCAAAAGGAAAAUCCACUACCUCUUUACAGAUGGAAAAGAAAUGUCAGAAGAGUACGACUUGAAAACAGAUGAGCUCAUUGUACGAAAGUGGCGCCAUAAAAGUACACUCGGAGAUCAGAGCCCAUGGCAGGUGGAGGUCGGGGAGCCUCUAGCGGGCCCUGACACUUCUUUGGAUUCGGAGGUGAUCAAGGAGAACUGCUCCAACCCUGUGCUAAUGCGUAAAGACACAAAGAACAGCUUUCAGUGGAGAAUCCGCAACCUUCCCUUCCCUAAAGAUGUUUUCAGUGUUUCUGCAGAGCCGUCUGACCGAUGCAUCGUCGUUAAAACGUCAAACAAAAAGUAUUAUAAGAAGUUCAAUAUUCCUGAUUUGGAUCGCAAUGAGCUGCCAUUGGAUAACUCUGCCCUCAACUUCUCUCACGCAAACAACACUUUAAUUAUCAGCUACAAGAAACCCAAGGAGAUCUUAACCCUGGAACAGGAGCUACUGAAGGAGCUGAAGAAACUGAAGGGGACCGACGAAGGGGAUGUGGACUGCAAAACUCAGUGAAUUCGGACUGUGGGAGCGAGGGGAUAAAUUCUGCGUUGAAUUUAAAGCAGAACCUCACUGCGUCAUGUUCAAGUCACAUGUGAGCCCACGUUUAUUUAUUCCUUCUACUCGGAUCCCUUCAUUAAGAAAGCAUUUGCACAGUGCCUUGUCAAUCUGUUCCUAAUUGGGAUUCAUUUAUUACAGUUUUCAAUGUUAACAUUUUCUCCUUCUGGAUAUAUUUGAUACAGACAUUCCAGAUAUUGGUGUUUCAAACCCUCACAACUAGAUGUAUUACCUUUUCUAGGUGAACCAUAAGUGUUUUCUCUAAUUAUUCUUUUUGCAAAAAAUAAUUUACAUAAAAAAUUGUAUCACAACA